CAAGUAAUAUAAAUAUUUUUUCUCUGAUUUUGAGAUAGUAUUUGACCUAUCUCAGAAAGCAUUAAUUCAGUCCUUUGCUGGUUUAUAUUUUUCUGUCCGGUCUUGGCCCUGAUCCUACAAAGCACUAAAAAUGGACUUAAUUUGAAACGCAAAUAGGCCUAGUGGAUAUACGAAUUUAAAUACGUGCAUUCUUUGCAAAAUUGUGGCCUUUGUUUAUAUCUGCAAGUGCUUUGCUCCUGAUGCGUACUUUGGUUCAGGAAGGAAAAGAAGAAUUUAACUAGAAAAGCUUUUCAAUGCAUCAUUCACCCAUUGCUCCUCACUCAAAUUAGUUUUCUCCAAAUUUUGCUGCUGUCACUGAGCAUAAAAGUUAAGAUUUAUUUUAGUCCUUUGAGUUACAAAACAGAACUUUCUCAUAUUUGCAAGCCUGCAGAGGAGAGAGAAUUGAUAUUUAGAUUGUUAAACUGAAUUGAAAUGCCAAUUACAUUUGUUAUGAAACAUAGAGUACUCACUGCAAUUUACCAUUGUUUCCAGUAUAGGGACGAGACAUUUAUUUCUUUUUAGUACUGGAAUAACAAGCUCACGACUGUGGCUGUUACAGCACCUGAUAACAACAUGAAUAUUUAAUUCAAAGCUGCAGCUUAAGAACAAACCUACAUACCUAGCCUUAUUCUUUCCUGUCACCCCUGUGCUACUGAGGCCAACAUUGGCUUGUCCUUGCUUCUGGUUACCUUGUCUGGAAUCAAUCAUGGCUGAUGACUCUCAGAGAAACUUUCGCUCAGUGUAUUAUGAAAAAGUGGGAUUUCGUGGAGUUGAAGAAAAGAAGUCACUGGAAAUUCUGUUAAAAGAUGACCGGUUGGAUAUUGAGAAGCUUUGCACAUUUAGUCAAAGGUUUCCUCUCCCAUCCAUGUAUCGUAUACUGGUGUGGAAAGUGCUUUUAGGAAUUAUUCCUCCUCACCAUGAAUCUCAUGCUUUGGUGAUGAAGUACCGGAAGGAUCAGUACUGGGAUGUACACCAUGCUCUUCGUGUAAUUCGUUUUAUUAAUGAUUCUACCCCACAGGUAGAUGUUUUCCUCCGCAUACAUCAACUGGAAUCAGGAAAAUUGCCUCGAAACGUGGCUUUUCCAUUGGAACCUGAAGAUGAAGUGUUUCUUGCUAUUGCUAAAGCAAUGGAGGAAAUGGUGGAGGAUCCUAUAGAAUGCUAUUGGCUUGUCAGUUGCUUUGUGAAUCAGCUGAACAGCAAGCACAAAGAUUCAUUGCAACAACUGCCAAAAAUUCUGGAGCAGUAUUUGAACAUUGAAGAUAACAGACUCCUGAUGCAUCUGAAAGCAUGUGCUGCAAUGAGCAAACUCCCUUACGAUCUUUGGUUUAAAAAGUGUUUUGCGGGCUCUUUACCUGAGUCCAGUUUACAGAGAGUUUGGGACAAAGUUAUUAGUGGGUCCUGCAAGAUUCUCGUUUUUGUCGCUGUGGAGAUAUUAUUAACCUUUAAAAUGAAGAUAAUAGCACUGAAUACUGCAGAAAAGAUCACACAGUUUUUGGAAAAUAUUCCUCAAGACAACACUGAUGCUAUUGUCAGCAAAGCUGUUGAUCUGUGGCGCACGCACUGUGGGACUCCAGCACACUCAGUCUGAGAACUUUCUUUGCUUAUGACAGCUUGGGGGGAAAAAAAAAGACAUUUGAAAAGACAUUUUACCACUCUUCCCCCAUCCUGGUGUGAUGUUCUUCAUUACCUCCUCUAUGUAAAAAUGCUAUUAAAGCAGCUAAUAGCAUAGUGAUCAAUAUGUAAAUAUUUUUCAAUAAAUACAGAUGGAAUGAGGA